GCAAAAUUGCGCACUACGUUACUCAGCCGACGAGGGAGUUGUUCGUCCUCGCGGAAGUAUCUUGUGAUAUUAUUUAUUUGUUCACAACUGCAGCGCUUCCUACUUAACAAAAUGUUCAGAAGCAAAGGAAUUUUACUUGUCACUACAAUUUUGUGUUUUCCUGGUGUUAUUUCGGCUAGUUGCCCGCGUUCGAACUACACGGCCUUGAAAGACACACUUCAGUCACCUCGUAACAGUAUGGGAAAGUACCCUGCGAACCAGAGUUGCACCUAUGAUGUUCGUGUUCCUGCUGGAAAAAGAAUAAUUCUUGCCUUCAAAAGUUUUAAUAUUUCUGGGAGUAUGCCACAUUGUCCUCAGGAUUCUCUGGAAAUAAUUGUCGGGUAAGUAUAAGAUCCAGAUUCCAAUAUUGUCUUGUAAACAUGUCUAGACUAGCUUUGCACGCACGCGGUAUUACAUGUAUGUUAUCUCAAACCGGAAUAUACUGUAUAAGCUUAAAAGCAAUAAUCGCUUCUAUCAGGGACUAGAUUCAGGAAUUUGAAACAAAAGCAAUUGGUCUAAGUAUGUCCCUUGCGAAUUUUCAAAUGUCGUGAUUCCUUCAUCAAGUUAUUUGAGCUUAUACCUUUCAAUUUUUCCCAGUGACAGGCUAGACGCAGAUAAGUUUUUAUUCUGUCACUUUGAUAAAAAAUGUGUUUGGCGUUGUUUAAUUUUCACACGUUAUUCCCAAGAUAACUGGGUGAUGGUCUAUUCUUUUCUCAAACUUCUCAGAUGAGACAUGAAAGGAAGGUUGUUAAUAUCCACGAUGUCGAUUAUCAGGAUUUUUUUAUGAUAAUCAAUCAUGCGCUAUUAAUGAUUAAUUUUUUAUUAUAAUAAUUAGCAAUUAUUGAAUGAGGCUGAGUAGGAUAUGAAGAAUUCUGCAGAUCGAGGAAGGUGGAUAACACCCUUCUGCAGAAUUCUUCAUAUUCUAUGAAAGCCGAAUUCAAUAAUAAUUGUUUUUUUACUCAUUCAAAAUAUUUCCAAGUUUAAAAACAGGCUAAAACAUGCUACAGUACUUACUGCUCAAAAAUAAGUUGACACUCGAUGUUCGAAACUCGAGACUCGAUCCUCACGGCUUUGAAGCUUGAACGCUUCGAGUUUCGAGAUGCGAUUAUCGAGGCAUCUUGAGUUUCGAGGAUCGAGGAUCCAAGAAGCUAGGUUUUCCGAAAGAACGAUGUUGUACAGUCACGUAGCCGUUCAGAUAUUCGCACCGUCGAUCAGUGCUUGCGGUGCGAUGUUCUGUAACUGUUUGAAUCGUCGGGGUUCGCCAAACUUUCAAUAAGUGUAAAUUUUCGAAAUUUUUAUCCUGCAUGUACAGUGUAUGUAGCCUUUGCUUGCCACGUUCCAAGAUUUUCAUGUUCACUCGGCAAUUCAUUCUGUGAAUUAAGCUUGUCGCGGUUUUAUGCAAAUCUUGAUUAAGAUUACAACAUUUGAGUUGUUAAAUUUGCUUGUUUGUCAAGCUCCCACUUCUUUCAUAUAAGGUGGCUUAGGACAUGUAGCCUUUCACUUUGAAAACUCAGUGAUUCCGUGGCUUUUUGCACGUUUGGCACAUGUAAAUAAUGUUGAUAAAGUCAUGAGAAACUACAUUUGUUCUAGAAAGCGAAAUUUUCACGUGCGUGUUUCAGUCAAUACCGUGGCUUGUUACGCUGUUACUGUAUGUAAAUGUGCAAAUCUACACGUAGUCACACAAUAAUUUCAAGGAAAACUUUAUUUGUAGCGAAGAGCGACUUUUUCACGAGCAUUUGAGUUAUUGAAUUUUCCAUUAGUCAAUUUCACAUAAUUUAUGUAACCUUUCAUUUGCCAUGUUCAUUUGAAAACACAGCUCAGUGACUCCGUACAUGAAUUAUAAAACUGGCUUUUAUGCAAAUCUAGUUGAUGUCACCGGAAACUUUGUUUGCUGAGGCGAGAUUUUAACACACAAACAUUUGAGUAUUGCAAAAAAGGUCCAAACUCGUUUCGUUCAAAUGACAGAAAGUGGCAAGGAAUGCACGAGCCUGGCACGGGCACUCUGGAAAAAAUCGGAAAAGUAAUUGUGACAUGAUUCGGAGUUUGACAGACAGACAGACCUCGUGGUAUUGAUUUGUGAGGUAGGUGAGAUCUAGUUUUUGAAUUGAAGCAUGUGAAUCUGUGAGCUUGUUUUGGAACGAUUAAAGAAGAUUUAUGGUUGAAAAAUUUGGUUUGAGUCCUUUAGUUAUUGUUCGUUUUCAAACAGGCUGUUUUUACUGCUAGUCUGACGCAAGAACAAUGGAAAGUCAAAAAGAAUUACGGCUGUUAUGAGAUGUCUUCUUGCUGUUCUUGUGAUGUUUUUAGGUGAUAUUUCGCCGUGAAACGAGUAAAAUGUUCCGCGACAGUUGCACCAUUUUGUUCUAAAUACCAAAACAACUCAAUCUUGUCCCCAGGUUCUGUCGGUCAACGGUUCAAUAACCUGCAAAAGGGUGCACUUUUGACAUUAUUUUGAGGUCAUUGGUUCAAUAUGACAAAGUUCUUUCCAAAUUUGGUCAACAGCAGCUGGUUAUGGUGAAUUAUGUGUGUGGUUUUAACCAAUCAGAAACACGGACAUAUUUUGAAUGAAUUAAUAACAAUAUUAUUGGAUGAGGUUUUAGCUGAGUGAAGGCCAACGCUGAUAACACUUACUGAGACCUUGAUUACCUGCAUUCAAGCCCCACUUUACAAAUAAAGUGAAACCUGUAUUAACCCUUUAAGACCGAAUCGUACAAAUUUGUACGAUCUGAUAUGGCCCACAGUCAUUUGACCAGCAGUUUCCUAAAACUUAGUUUCCAGACCCCCCUUCUUUGCAACGCCUAGUGGAUUGUUUUGUUCACCAUUUUGAGUUGUUUUGAACCAGUUUCUGCGGCAUUUUUGAUUUGUUAGAGCAAUAGUAAGCUUAGUUUUAGUUCUGCAACAUGUCUGAGCAUAGGACACGUUAUAAUUUGAAAGAUUUUUUGAUUAUUUUGGAUGGAAACUUCGAGAUACCCGAUCGUGGCGUGUUUCGGAUAUCGAAGGCUUUGAUAUAAAAUAAACACCGAAGAAGAUAGCAAGGAUGAAGUAAUGAAUUUUUUUCAAACCAGGGAGAAGAAGAAGAGGAAAAACUCAGUCUUCGGGACAUACACAUUGAUGAUUCAACAGUGAUUAAGAUUUUUUUCAUCCUGGAAGGCCACAAAACAUUUGUUUGGAUGUUUAUGUUUAGCUCCUGGAAGAAAGCGAUCGAGAAGUUCUCACUUUCAAUUAUCAGUGAAUUAAUAAGGUUGGGCCUACGAAGGUGUAACACCAAACCAUGCCGUAUUUUGUGGACAGAAUAUAACCUUGAUAGUAUCAAAGGUAGGCAAAUGUGGUAUGAAAAUAAUCCUCAGUAAAUUUGCUUUAGAUUUAGACUCCAGCAGUAAUUUUCAUGACCAAAUUGGAAGGUCAGUACACUGAAAACAAUUAAGGUGAACUAGUUGUGUGACAUGAACUUAAUAUUUAACAACCUGUUAAUUAUUAUUUAUUAGUUACUUAUCAAUAAAAAGUGGCUUGGCAGAUAGCCCGAAGUCUUGUCUACCACAUAUUCAAAGUUUAUGUUGAUACCUUAAAUUUCAAGGAAGAUUCAGUGCAUUUAACAAUACCAGCCUUAGAUCUUAAAAUGUGCAAAAAGUAAAUUCAGGUCUUAAAGGGUUAAGCGGACACCCUUGGGGAAUGCUGUAGUGUCCGCUUAAUAAUGAGGUGCAGGUGUCAAAUGCCAUUCAAAUGAACAGUGGAAACGUUUAGAAUACUCCCAGAGACUAUGACGAUAUAUGUCAGUUGCAUUGAUUUCUUUAUCAAAGUGGACCAAUUGAUCAUAGUACCAUAAACGUAGAUUGCAACCAGUGUAACUCAAACGUGAGGAAAUCAGAUGAGUGAAACAAGCUCUAUACAAACAAAACGAAAUAGAAAACAAUACUGCACUGUGAAACUAAUCAAAUAAGUUCGUCAAGUCACGUUUUUUAAAGGAAAAUUGAAAGAUUUGUGGGUGGCAAUUUGAGGCAAUCUUUCACAUUUCCAGUGUCUGGCAUGUUGAGUGGUGCAAUUGGCAACAAUAGAAAUGACCAUUUCAGGUACUUUUUAGGUGUCCGUGUCCGCUUAAAAGAGGUGUCCGCUUAAUAAAGGUUUUAUUUAAAGUAAAUAAGGGAAACAUAUUUGGGGACUUCAGCUACUGUCCGCUUAAUACGGACACCUCAUUAUUGUGGACAGUUUGCUUUGUCCCUGGGGAAAGAAAACCAUUACAUUUUCUCUAAAUUCAACCCACUUAAUAUGGACACCCCAUUAUGGACACUUUUUACGGUCCCCUCAGUGUUUUAUUAAUGGGGUUUGACCGUAUUUAGGAUAUCACAAAAACUGAAUCUAAUAAUUGUUUUAUCAUACAUUGUUCUAAAGAAAAUGAUGACAAACACACCAUCGCAAGGAAACUGAAUUGAUAUUAUUAUUGGAAAUCAUGCAUUGCACGUGCAACCAAUAGAUAAGUCAGUUAUCUGCUAGCAGAUAACUCACUUAUCUGCACAGCUGUCACUAGGUUGUCGGGUAAAUACAGCAAGUAGGCGGGGAAUCAAACAGAGGGAUUUCUUUUGGUUCUAUUUUUCUUUUAUUUUCAUAUGAAAGUAGCCAAGGGCUAUGUUCAUAGCAACCAGGGGAAAUCCCUGGCCCCUGCCUGUGAAUGACAGGCUUAAAUCUGUAGGUUGUGCUGAUUUCCAAAAUUAGCUGUUGGCUCUUAGCCAAUGAAUUGAGAAGACAGAUAGUGAGUACAUUGUAUAAUAAUGGAGACUAUUUUUACUUCCAGAACAACUUUCUGUGCUUCUGCAUAUAUGUAACUAAUGUUUGCAGUGCCUUCAUCCUGUCCCCAAUAUCAAAAUACAGGGCUUCUGAUGUUUUGCAGGGUUGUGGAGCCUCGAAAUUCACAAAAACACGCUGAAUACUGCAAAACCUGCUCGAAAUCUUAUCAUACAUGUCAAUACAACAUAUUUGAAACUUAUCUUGGCAAUUGGGGUUGUGUAGUUGCUGUAAACUUGCAAAUUCAUCUUGAAACUUUAGCACAAUGAGCAACAUAAAACAUGCUCGAGUAAUCAGUGCAAAAUUUAUCAAUUUCCAGUGAAAUUUGCCCAGAAAAUUAUUACAAAAUCAGCCAUUUUUUACUGAUUGGUUUUUGGUGACAUUAGCCCUGAAUAUUCCCGCGAAGUCAGCUGAUUUUUCCAGUGAAUCUGUCUCUGAAAAUCCUGCGAAAUUUGACUUUUUUUCCUGCAACCUAUUAGAAGCCCCCAAAAUACAAAUAGUGGAAAAUGAUUGGAGUCUAAAGCAUUUUGCAUAAGCAGAUUGAGAAAACCAGCAAGUUGGAUCAUUAAUAAUCUGGAAUAGUCAGUAGUUGUGGGUGACAAGAGGAGCCCGCAGUCUAAUCUUGACUUGGUCAGUGGCACUUUAUUAACUGUAUAGCAAGAUUUUUCUUGAUCUCCCCAUAUUGUUGAGACCCCCGUGUUGUUCUGACUAAUAUACAUCAUGUGGCCGCAAUGGCCGUGGUGUUGAGUUUAAGGUCCAUGUGAUGUCACGGUUAUCACGUGAAUGCACAUUCAAGUGAAGCAACAAUCAUUAUUACAUUCAAUUCGCAAGCACACAUAAUUCAGGCAGACAAGUACUGUACUAAAUGGGAGAUUCUUCAAUUUGCUUUGCCAACCUGGAAUCUAUUUACAUAGAACCUGAUCUCAGCUUAGUGCAGGACAAGUUUUCGGUAAAAUUGUAUAAGCAAAUGUGAAUAGAAUCGUUGAAUUAAAUAUGAGUCUUGUUUACUGUGUUGUUCAAUCCAGUUUUCAUUAUUGGCAGUUAUAUCCUUUUGUUGACACUGGAACUAAAAGGGCUUACACAAUUAUGAAAGCUUGGUUUUCAUCAAUCACAUAUUUUCCCACAUUUCCCAGCAAAUGGCUACUGCUAGUUUAAUAUUCCGGAAGUUGAGGUUAUAUUGAAUACUGUCAGGAAUUUCCUUGAGAAUACAGUUAAACCUCCUUAAUAUCCAGGACACCAAGAGGAUGGAGCUAGGAGUAUCAUGUUUUAGAGCUAUACUCAAAGAUACUAAAUAAAAAAAUAAAAAAAAACAGAAAUUGUCACAAAACAAUCAUUUAAGCUGUUUAACCAGGAGGCAUUUCUAAAUGAUCUGAGCUUGAUUCCUUUCUUAAUUUCAUACAUAUUUGAUGAUCCAGGUGGUCCUACUGUUGUUGGGAGAGCCUUUAAAAUCAAGUCCUCGAUGAUCAUGCACCUGUUGAUACUUACACAAAGCAUUAUACUCCUGGUUAAAAGUUCAUUACAAAAAUUCAGAAAAUUGUGAGCUAAAGGGAUUGUCACAAGAGAAGGUUUAACAAGACCAGGUUACUGUAAGUUUGGGAAAACUAGGUACAUAUAUCACUAUAAAGUUGUGAGCGUGAGAAGGAAGGCAGUAAAGGAACAUUUUAACAAUCUGUGUGAGGAGAAGUAUGCCAAUUAGCGUUGAUAAUGCAACACACAAAUAUUCUCUGCUGGAGAUACAUGAAACUUGAGGACAUAUUUUCCUGGCAGUCAAUCUUUAUGGAAAUUCCUCAGGGGUCAAUACUGGGACUGCUAUUAUCCAAUAUUAUCAUGAAUGAUCUGCAUUGCCCAAUUACAAUGUAAGCACAUCAUCCUGUCAACCUAUCAGGGUUGUCAUUAAGAGCCAGGGGCCGGGGAUUUUCCCCGGCUACUAAGAGAGUGGCCCCCGGCUACUUUUAUUGGAAAAUAGAAGAAAAAUAGAACCAAAAGAAAUCCCUAGCCGUUUGAUUCCCCGCCUACUUGUUGUAUUUACCCGGCAACUUGAAAUCUUAGUGACAACCCUGCCUAUACUGAUGACACGCAAAUAUUCUAAUCCAUAAAUAGUUAUAUGGAAGUUGAAGAGGCCAUUAACACAGAUCCAGACCUAGGUUAGACAAAUGUUUUGAGGAAGUUGAAAUGAGACAAAAUCACGAGAAAUACAAGGCAAUGGUGGUAGAAAAGACAACAGACAAUCCUGGGGUUGAAUCUGACAACACAGUUAUCGCAAUAGAAAACAGAAUUUAAUUCUUUGGAUAGAGAGUUUGAGUCCCACGUUGCCAAGAUUUGCCAAGUAGUGUUUGAGCAGGUAGGUGAAUUCAAAAGAAAGAUGAAGUUGUUUCCUUUCAAAACCCACAAGUGACUUUAUGAGGUGUUUAUUUAGCCGCAUUUCAAUUUCUGCACCAAGACUUGACAUUUUUCUAGUAAGCAAUCAACAAAACACUUGAGAAAUUGAAUGAGUGAUUGCUUAGCUUUGUUUGGCGUGAUUAGAGCCCUACCUAAGCUAUAAGAACUAUGAGUGAUUGCUUAGCUUUGUUUGGCGUGAUUAGAGCCCUACCUAAGCUAUAAGAACUGGUUUAGGAAAAGUGGACAAACAACUCUAACUAAUUUUGAGCCUAUCUGUAUGCAUGGGUACCUGCGGAUGUUGAUUUUGUUGCGUGUUUUCAAUUAAAUUGUUGGUUUUUCAGGCAAAAUUGUUGCACGUCAAGAAUUUAUUGUUUUGUGUGGUUAACGCUUCUAGCAAACUCAGUGCAACUACAAUGACGACAAAAAUGAGAAAAAUCAUAGUAAAAGCUGAAAAAGCAAUUGGUUUAACAAACAAAACAAAAACUGUGAAAAUGCAGCACACUUUUUGGCAGAUUUCUUUGCCGUCAUUACACAACUGACAUUGUCAAACCUGAUUGGAAUGGCAAUUGUGUGAUCCUUUCUUUAAUCUCUAAGAUUGUUGCUUUAUCAAUAGUGAUGCUUGUGACUUUUAUUUCAUUGGAAAUACCCACACAGAGGAUCAACCACAGACUAGCCAAAAUUUUAGAAGCUGUUUUUUGAAUAGUUAAUCAAAAUAAUAAAGAUUUGAAUAUAUGUGAAGUGCCGGUAGGUCUUUAAGAUUUAAUUUAAUACUUCUUUUAAGGAAGUCAAGCUAUUGACCUCAGAGGAAUUGACAUCCUUACUGUACCAAAAGUGAACACCACCACUUACGGGCUAAGAUCUUGGUAUUACACAGUAGCCAGGUCUACCAAACAAUAUUAUAAAAGAGUUACAACUGACAAGUCUUUCAAAAAUAAAAUCAGAAAACUUAUAUAAGGCCUAUAUAUCCAGUCAGUAAUUAUACUUUAAGCGUCUUGUAAAAUGGCUUUUUAGCUAAGUGUUAAUUCUGUUAAUAAAUUGUUUUGUUGGGACGUAUACAUAUAUUAAGGCCCUGUCAAGGUAAUUCCAUCAAGCAACAUGUCGACUGCAUUGAAACUGCAGUGACAUACUUGUACACUGUAAGACUCGAUGAGAAGCGGGAAAACAACAUGAAGAUGGGUUGAAUACCAACAAGGGACAUGGCCUUCUCCUCAAAAGGUGAAGCAGCCAGAUUUAGAAUUCAGUCUUUAUGGACAUAUGCAGGGUGUCCAGUUCCUAUAUAUUUUCCUAUUUUUUGAGCCUAUUCCUAUUUUUUCCUAUUUUUUUGCUGGUGAAGCCAAAAUUUGUAACAAAAUUGAAGAUGGAAUACAAAUAAUUAUAGUUUAUGUGUUUUAGAGUGAUAUUUUUCAUAAAGCAAGUAGUAUGUUGACUUUGAUGUUCUAAUGUUAGCAAAAAUAAUAGUUACAUUUGUUCUUUCCAUGACCUCUAUUGCUUAUUAGAGUUCUGUUAGCAACUUUGUUACAUUGUUACUUUUUGUAUAAUUUCUAGUUCACUUACAUGUAUUGCAUGUAGUGUUAUAUAGUUGUCAUGACUAUUGAAUAAUAUUGUGCAUAGCCCACUAAAACUGCAUUUCAGUAUCUGUACAUGUUAUAUUUUAAUUUGAAGUCUUGCUCGCAUUUUAUGUUCAUCUUUGGAACUGAAAGCAGGAUCAAGUUGUCCUCUCAUAAUGCAGGACAGAUGGAUCAUCAAUCAGUUUCUUGUUUAAAAAACAAUCACUAGAUGGAUUCUGGAUGCUACAUGAAAAGGACAGACUCAAGUUUUAGUUACGGCAGUACCUCUCUAGUGACCCUUGUUCACAGCUAUACCUAAGCAACUGACGAAGGAUCCAAUAUUUUGGUUGCGAAACCGGUCUUGCAGUCAUGGCUAAACAGAGAGUUACGUUCUUCUUAGAACUUAACCAUGACGCACUUACAAUUUGGUACCAAAUAGAUUAGUGUCAUUUUGCAAACACAGCAGAAAGCCUGGUUCUGUACUUAAAACUUUGCAGUCUUUUGACUCAAACAACCAUAUUCUCAACCAGCUACUGAUUGCAGAUUAAUGGAAGGAAAGCUUUCCAUAGGACUUUUUAAUCCUAGUUCGAUAUCCUUCAAUGACAAUGCAAUCGUAAGAAAUUUCCAUCCUAAGAAAUUUCACUCUUCGAAGCUUUUCAAAGAUUGGUCGCCAACUUGAAGGGAAUUUGCAUAUGAUCACCUUUGAUUAUAGAACCACGCUUUACCUGUAGUCAAGCAUAUCAUUCCUAUCAUUCCGAUUGCAGCGCAACAUAGCCGAUAGACUAAACGUUUCUGAACAUUUUCACUUGCUCCUAAGCUGCAAAAGUUGAUCUAAAUCCUGCAAACAUAUAAGCUGAGGACUCGUAGCCUUUAUUAUAACCGUGAUGAGGUGCAGGGAGGCUAUCUUUGUCGACGAAAGUACUUUUCAAAGAUUGGCCUCCAACUUGAAGGUAGAACCGCGCUUGACCUUCAGUCAAGCAUAUCAUUCCAAUUGCAGCGUAACAUAGCCAAUAGACUAAACAUUUCUGAGCAUUUUCACUCCUAAGCUGCGAAAGUUGAUCUAAAUCCUGCGAACGGACAAGCUGAGGACUCGUAGCCUUUAUUAUAACCGUGAUAAGGUGCAGGGAGGCUAUCUUUGUCGACGAAAGUACUAUUGAUUUUCCUAUUUUUCUCCUAUUUUUUAAUACAGAGUUUCCUAUUUUUCCUAUUUUUUUGAGCAACCAUGCCGCUGGACACCCUGCAUAUGUUCCCCUUCCUAGGAUGUGCCUCUAUAUUUAACUUUCAUUGUUCUGUUAAAUACAAUUUAUAUUGGUUGUGUGACAAUUAAUGUGUUGUGCAUAAUUUUCCCUUUGGAUACUCAGCUAUGAUAAUCAUAUGAUACAGAAUUUACAACUUAAACUCCUACCAACAUUGUGUAAUUCCAGAAGAUAUCCACACUCCCCCCACAGAAGGAAUUGGGUUUUCAAAGGCUGAAAAUGUUAAGUAAAUGUAUGAAGCUUGACUGGAAUUUCCAGCGAGGUGGGGGGUCUCAGGAAAAAUCACUUCCGUGGGGGAGGUAUGGAUAAUUUUUGGAACCACACAUUGUUGGAGACAAAAAAGGUCUAAAGGUAAUAAACUGUAACUCUCUCACAAUUUCUUUUGACACUGUACUUUACUGUAGAAUAAUUAAUUUUUUAACCCGGAUAAAGCUAUGCCAGAUUUGUGUUUACUAAUAAAAAUAGUUGGCACAAAAUUUCCAACCCUCUCCCUUCAGAGGAAAAUCUCCUCAAAUGCACAAAAAUGUCAGACAUAUUGCUGCCUCUCCCCACUACUGUGCUCGAUGACCUUGACAGUUAAAUGAAUUUUGCCAUUUCAAUUUCAGAUGCGGGAACCUCAGCAGAUCACUUGGCAAAUUCUGUUCAUGUUCAAAUCUUUCAAUGCCAAACAAGAUCUAUACCUAUGACAACUGUCUGACUCUUGUGUUCAUAUCUGAUAACUCCACUGAGGGAUUGGGCUUUCUAGCGGAAUACAAUACGACAGAUAACAAUGAAACAAGAAUG